AACGUGGGAGUGCUGACUGAGAAAGGUUAUGCGUAGAUCACCUUUUCACUUAUGUGGUACAGUUUUCGCCAGUCUAUUAUGUUUUAGCCAAGCCCCGUGCGUAUAGAUUUACGAUGUACAACCACACAGGGUCCUGAAGUUACUUCCCGGUUGAUAACCUGAACGUGGAAGACUGACAUGCUCGCACUACAAAUAAAAAUGGACUUGUGGAGUUUGAUCGCCAGUUUGUUCUCCAUUCUGCAUACAGUUCAUACAGACACAACACGAACCAGCAAAGCAUGCUUUGGAACCCAUGCCAACACACUUCCCUGUACUACACAUUACAUCAACUGUAACAGUACCGGGAACAUCGUCAUCUGUGACGCAUACUUCACUAACAAUACAGAGUGUGGACCGACAGGUAUCGCAAGUUGCCUAAACAACCCCGAUCAUGUGACAGAACAUGGAUAUUUGAGGUUUAACAGCAGCGAGCUGGCACCCCUCUCCAAGAACUGUUCAAGAGAACCUCGGUGUGCGUAUCCUGCUCCCCGGCGAGGCGAAGGUCCCAAUUUCUCUGUUGUCAAAUAUCACUGUAUUGAAAGACUGAAUGAAACCGAUGGAGCUGUUGCUGCAACUGGUAGUGUUGGUGCAGCCGUUGGAGGAGUUGUGGCCUCUGUCCUGGCUGUGCUGCUUAUAGUAUUAGUCACAGUGUGGUAUUUACGAAAACGGAGAGACAAUACAGGUAAAAAUGAACAGAAGUCAACCAAUUGUAGUGAUCAAAAGGCUCCCAGCAUUCCCUGUAAUAUGUCACAGAGCCAUUACCAGGAGAUAGAGAACCUGAAGACACGUGGAGAUAUGAGUGAUUAUGAUUAUGCUACUGCUGAUGGUAUAGCGGCUUCACCAAAUAUGAACAAUUAUUUCACAAUCGAUCCAAUCACUAAACCAAAUACAACACCGAAUCCUUCUUCUUCUGCCACUGAAGACGAUUAUGAUCACAUCGGAGACAAACCACCUGUCCUGACCAGUAACUAUGAUACAACAGCAUCGGUUGCCCGAUCAGCAGGCAGUGGGACACAUUUACGGGAAGACGACUAUGGCUAUAAUCUUCUCCAGGAGGCAGCACGCACCAAAACAGUCCAGAAUGACUACGACACUACCGUUUCUGCAAACAAGGCAGUAGCACAGUUAGGAAAGAUUGAGGAAAAGACUGCUGAAGACGACUAUGACCAUUUUCCCGUAACAACACGCUAGCUCUGAAACUCUGAGUUCAUAUACUGGGAAAGUUAGAUGUCGUUCUGAUGAUUAUGCAUUUGCUGGACCAUUGCAGUGAGCAUAUAAGUACUCCCUUUAUAUUUUCGACAUUUCUGGUUAUCAUCAGAUGAAUUUUCAAAGAACAGUACACUACGGUUAUAACGAACUCAAAGGGACCACAGAGUUUAGUUCGAUGUAAACGUAGUUCGCUUUAAGCAUAUAUACAUGUUUGAACAGCAAAUUGUCGGGAUAAAAAAAUAUGUUAUUUAUAUGCUUUAUAAACGUCAGUUCGUUGUAAGCGUGUCCGUUAUAAAACGUAGUUUACUGUAGUACAUUACAAGAAAAGGCAUGUUGAAUCAUAUUGCUUAAAACACUUAUUUUUAAUCAUACUUUGAAAUAUAGAUAUGCUGAUUAUUUUUUACGUUUAAUCAACUAAGUUUUAGUCAGUUACAUGUUACAUGUAGCUGGUAUCACACCAGUGUUCACGGUAUUGCCAUUUUGUUGUUGGAAGACAGUACAGACUCAUGAUCAGAUGGAUGAGGAGCCUCUUAGUUCACCUAAUGACACUGCAGGGAAAGUGAGAGAUUAUUCUGGUGACAAGGUCGUUGCAGGAUCAAUUCAAAUAAGCAUUUGUAUUGUCAUCGCGGAAUUUGGCGUCAUGUUAUAAACA